AUGGGGAUAGCUGAUUGCAUUUUGAACCUUGUGAGUAGUGGGACAACACUCAAAGAGAACAACUUAAAAGAGAUUGAAGGAGGGGUUGUGCUAGAAAGUCAGGCGGCACUUGUGGCAAGCAGAAGAGCAUUGACCGAGAGAAAAAGAGCAUUAAACACUGUACACGAGAUCCUAGAGAGAUUGGAGGCCCAUCUUAAGGCGGAUGGCCAAUUCACUGUUGUUGCAAACAUGAGAGGAAAUAGUGCUCAAGAAGUGGCUGAGCGUGUGUUGAGUCAACCAUCAUUGUCUGGAUUGCAGGGACCAACAAUAAGCCCAGUUUACUGUAAACAAGAUGGAAAAGUAUCAAUUGACUACUAUGCCAUAGUGAUUUGUGUGCCCAAAAAGGCCUUAUACGAGUCUGUGAAGCAACUAAGAGCGGUUGGAGGCAGUGGGGUAUUAAUUUCACCUCUUACCUACAUUUUUGAUGAGGAUACUCCGAGGGGGGGUCAACUCCUGAGAAACCUCAAGCUUAAAAUGUAAUGGUAAGGAAAAUGCAUUCAAUGAACAAGUUUUAAGAACCCAUUUGGUGUAAAUCUCUGGGUUGGUACCUUUUUCCCAACUUUGUAGUUGUCUUCUCUUUUCUCGCUGCUGUUGUAAUUUCUACCUUGCUUUAUCUGUGUAUGGAUCCCACCCUGUUAAAUCUGUGGGAACAAUUAAUAAAAAGAAAUAAAAGAUGCUG